AACGACAUCUACAGUAUUCCGGAAAUGUGAAUAUUUUUUUUCAGACAAUGAAUUUCAGUUGUGAUUUUUCAAUGAAAGUUAAUUAACAAAAACCCCAAAAGAAUGAUGAUGGAAUGUAAAAAUGGUGAUGAACCAAAAACAAACAAUUCUUUGCAUCAUAAUGUUUUGUAGUUCCUGUGCUGUGAUCACAUAGCCAUGAAUUCUAAGUGUGUUUUGGUCGGUUACUUUUGGACAAUUUUUACAAGUUUUCUGGAUUCAAAUGUUCAAUCAAGUGUUGUAAAAAUUGGUUUUAUCAUACAUAAAGAAAUAGAAGACUCUUCCAAACUGUGGAGCGCCAUUGAAUACAAAUUUAAAAAGAUGGAGACUUCAGUGGGCAGAGGCUGGGUCCAAAUCCAGGCGACAGAGAAGAACAGAGAUGAGGCGCUCUUUGAUACAGAGGAAAUAUUUAAACUACAUCAAAGUGUUUGUGCAAAGAUAAGACAAGGAGCAAAAGCUCUUUUAUUCGUUGGAACCAGCAAGUCGACUGUGGCCAUGCACUCCAUCGCAUACAAGCUGUCCAUUCCGGUGUUAAUGCCGCUAUCAACGAAGUACUCACAGACUCACAACGAGUUCACUGUAUCUUUACAGCCGUCCCUCAUCAGACCCAUCAUCGACGUCAUCCAGAAAAAUGGCUGGAAGCAAGUCUUUUAUCUGUUUGACUCAGAUGAAGGUUUACUGCGUCUGCAAUCACUCUUCCAAGAGCUAGGUGAGAGACACUUGGCCAAUGACGUCAUAAUUCGAUCCCGCCGGAUAACCAACAUAUCUGAUAGUUACGAGUUGCUGCGCUCCGUGGAUCGGCAGGAAUUGAAUUGUAGCAAUCUGGAACCAUGUCGGUGCACGCGACCAAUUAUACUAGACCUCUCCACAGUCGCUGCAUUUAACGAAACACGCAAACAGAUCAUCGACGUCGGAAUGAACAGAGAACACUAUCAUUAUUUAUUAGCAAACCUGGGUGCAGAUGAGCUGGAUUUGUCCUCUUUUAAAUAUGGAGGCAUGAACGUAACUGGAUUUUCCAUUAAAGAUCCUCCAUUUGAAGAAAAUUUCCAACAGAGCGAUUGUUAUUCAUAUAAAGGACUUUGUCCUGUUAGCCAUAAAUCAGCGCUUGUGAUGGACACCCUGGAGUUCCUGAGUUACGCAGUCAACAAGACAGGGACCUACAAUAACCCCUCCAUGUUCACUCCAAACAGCAACGGCUGUGACGUGUCAGAACAACACAGAAAUUUUGGACGAAAAUUUCUGAAUGCUAUAAAAGAAACAAAAGUACAAGGUUCAUCGAAUAUCGGGACAGGGACACUGGCUCUAGAUAGCUAUGGCAACAGGAAGGACUACGUGCUCAACGUCAAAUUCUUUACUUUUAAUUUUUCCAAGCUUGAAAAGGUGGGAAUUUGGCAGGAAACGGGUCUCAGCAUAAAGUUGCACUAUUGUAAACCGUCCAAGGAGCCAGUAGCCAGCCAUAACAGAACGUGGAUCAUCACAACAAUUGUGGGUGAACCAUUCGUACAAGAUUUAAAAUUAAAAGAAGGAAGCCAAGUCUCACAGCAAGGUGUGGCAAUGAUCAACGGGAAACUGUACGAGGGAUUCUGUAUAGAGGUAGCCGAGAAGAUCAAAGAACGAUAUGAACGCUUAGAAGGCAAAGGCCCCGGAUCAUUCAACUAUAAAUUCAAGCUGGUGGACGAUAAUAAUUUUGGAAGUGCAAACAAAACCGUUGGAACAUGGAAUGGAAUGAUAGGAGAGUUAUUAGAUCAGAAGGCAGACUUGGCUUUAGCUUCUUUAACAAUUACCCGUGCAAGGCAAAGAGUUGUGGACUUUACCAAACCUUUCAUGAAAAUUGGCAUCAGCAUAAUGAUAAAAAAACCUGACAAACAGAAACCUGGCGUGUUUUCCUUUAUGGAGCCUUUAGACUCCAUGGUUUGGGUCUGUGUUAGUCUUGCUUUUACAGGUGUUAGUCUGGUACUAUUUUUUAUCGGGCGUUGGAGCCCGUUUGAAUGGCGCGCCGAAGCGUCACGAAAAGAGAUUUCAGUGACGAACGCCUUCACGUUGUCCAAUACUUUGUGGUUUUCUUUAGGAGCAUUGAUGCAGCAAGGUUCUGAUAUUUUCCCAAGGUCUAUUUCAGGUCGGAUCGUCGGCAGCGCCUGGUGGUUUUUUACCCUAAUACUUAUUUCGUCGUACACUGCCAAUUUGGCCGCAUUUUUGACCAUUGAGAGACUUAUUCCUCCAAUACAAGGGGUUGAAGACCUGGUGAAGAGUAAAGAUGUGGAGUAUGGGACUUUCAAAGGUGGAUCAACUGAGGCAUUUUUCGAGAUGUCUCAGGUGCCAAUAUACAGGCAAAUGUACGAGUAUAUGAAAUCAAAAGGGGACCAAGUAAUGGUAAAUUCAGAUAAAGAAGGGUAUGAAAAAGUUCGACAAUCUAAAGGUGACUAUGCAUAUCUUGUGGAAUCUCCAAAAAAUGAUUAUCAGAACCAGAAGAAACCAUGUAACACCAUGAAAGUGGGAGAAAACUUGGAUCAUAAAGGAUACGGAAUAGCAACUCCUCCAUACUCUCCGCUCAGGAAGGAUUUAAACUUGGUUGUACUAAUGUUACGUGAAGAAGGGGAACUUCACAAGCUACAGAGGAAGUGGUGGUUUGAUAAGGGGGAGUGUGGUACGAUGGACUCAAAGGACACUUCGAAGAGUCCGUUGACACUAAGCAACGUGUCUGGAAUAUUCCACAUUUUGAUUGGAGGACUAGUUCUCUCUAUGAUGGUAUCACUUGUCGAGUACUCUGUCCAUCGAUUACGGAAACAACACAAACUUAGAUUUCGGAAGCAAAUGGAUGCACCCAGACCUGCAAUCAAAAUUGAAAAGAAGAAUCCCUUGGAAGUAUUGAAAGCCGCUGGGUACACGGGUAUCUGCGACAACACAGUUUCUUACACAUUCAAACCACCUGAGCAGCUUACGACUUUCGAAAGUGGUAAAAACACUGAACUAUGAUUGGGUUUACAUAGAGAAUCACUCGCGUUUAUUCAUCAGUAUAUUUUCUUCCGAACAUAGUGUAAUGGAAUUUAAUAAAGUAGACUUAUGUAUCAUAUGCAACGUUUGGUGGAAUGUAAUUAAUCAUUAAUAUUGUAUGUAAAUCGAAAUCAGCCAUGCAUUUUGUUGUUACUUUCCAAAUAUUUUCCGGUUCCGUAUACACUGUAUGUGUUUUGUUUUAGAAUCUGCAGCAUCCUCUUUUUUAUUUUAAACGUUUACAUGUAUUCUGAAAUUAAAAAAAAACCAUCAUUGUCAGUAAUUCACCGUGUGAACACGAGUUUAUAAUUAUUGAUAGAGGCAACUACGAUCAAUAGCUUUAUAAUUUCUUAAAAGAGAACUAAGAUUGGUAAACCAUCACCGUCCAUAAUCAGAAAUCGGAGCCGCUCCAUCAUGAUGUCAUCACAAGCAUGGCGUUUAUCCUCUGAAGAAGCUGCUGUCCUUGUGUUAUUGUAGUGAUGGAUCAUCAUUAGAUCCGGAAUCUGUUUGCUUUUUUGCGCUGAUCGCUGAUUACUUUUGUUUGACUGAUGUUGUUGACAGAUUCAAUAAACUGGUCAAUAUGUC